UAACAAAGUUGAAAAAAACUAAAUUUUGAAUAAAGGGGGAAUGUCACUCCGCGAUAACACACUAAAACGCAUGAAAACGAGCUCGAAAAGCAUCAACGCUACUCAUCGUACCGAGUUUUCACAUAACGCCACCAGAAAGUAAGUUAUCGCAAGUUAACGCGCGUUAAAGCGAGUUAAAGCGGUCAGCGUCUGCUCGAUUUUUGAACCAAACCAAAUCGAUCUUGCAACCCUGCCGUCAUUUCCGAGUAGUUUUUUUUUCGGGUUUGGCAACCCGUUCUUUGUUUUGAUUAUUUUCCUGCAGUUUUCGUAAAUAAACAGCAAUCUGUGAGUUUCAUUUUUUUUUGCCCACUCGGUGGCGAAACCGCUGCAGAUUUUCCGCUCCGCUGGUGGUUUCACGGGGCAGGUGGAAUCGUCCCGACUCCGAAGAGAUGUUUGAACCGAUGACAGGUCCGGAGAAUCCGGGUUUGACGGAUCAGAUGCGGAAGAAGAUCCGUUGGUGGAGGAAGGACCUAGUGGAGGUGGAACGGGAAGAAGGUUUAAAUCUUCUAUAGCGAAUCAGGCGGGGGAUAAGAGAAAAAAGUUGAAAAUCGACAAUCCGGAAGAAGUUGAUGGAGUUUUUGGACUGUGAGGCGAGGACGAGGAACUUGUGUCGAGGCCGAACGGGGCCGAGCUGGUUGUUUUUGAGGAGAUGAUGGCCACGAAGCAGCGCCGGAUAAGCCGCAUGACUAAGGAUAAGCCGAACGAGUACAUGCUGCACAACAAGGACUUGGAAACUAUCUUGGGCGAACGUUUCUGCAUCGCCGCACGAUGUCGUAGUCAAUCUGGACCGAUGUGGUGCCCUGAACAGUGCUUCCUGCUAGUGAUGGGAACGUCCGAUAAGAUCAUUUGGUGGGCACCUGCAGUGGUGACUUCGUCCAGGAGUAUGAACGACAUCUGGGCGCGGUAAACUCGAUCACCUUCAACGACUAAAACCAGCUCUUGACGACCUCCGACGACGGCAUGGCUUGGCGUCGGCAAAGUCUACAUCUGUUUCACGACCUGUACGAGCAGCUGAGUGCCUACGUAAGCUGGUCCGAAUCUACCUGGAAGCUUUACUGGUUUAAUUCUGGUUCUUUUGCAGACCAACAGUAUCGCCAUGCGCUGAUUCUUGAGUUUCUCCUGCUCCUCGCGGAUACGAAUAGUUUCGUGGAGGGAGGUCCACUGUUGAAUCUGGACCACCGCGAGGACAGCAUCAACAGUAAUGGUUUGCCGGCACCGGUGCCUAUGCUGGCGGAGUCAAGGACGGGCAACUCCAAGCUAAACAUUCCCGAGCCCGACCGCAUCGAAGGGACUCUUCCGCGCAGUGAAGUGACCGGUUACGAUUGGUUCAUGCCCAAAAAGAUGAAUCACCGACACAAGUCCUAAGGUCUGCAAAGUGCUGCUGCUGUUCCGUCUGCACCAGAUCAACAACCACCAUCCUCAAGCUGAAAAUGGCCUCCAAGAAAAUGCUGCGGAUCGCCGAUCCGUACUUCACUUACGGCUACUUCUCACUCUAGUCGAUCCGCGUCCUGGUUUAAAAGCGUGACUCCGUCAAGCACCGACAUUGCUGCAUCACAAUCACGGACAAGAUCGAGCGCUGAACGCACUCAACCAGCUGGACAGCAUUCAGAGAAUGAUCAACGGCUCAAACGGCAAGGGCGGUAACUCCAAACUGGACGUUCUCAAGCACUGGUCUCGCGCACUGGUCCCACCCCGCGGCACAUUUGUCCCGCAGCCUCCUUAGUUCGAUAUGAUUUUGUACACUUAAUUGAAUAAAAUCCUGUUUUU